GUUUGUUUUUAUUGUUUUCAUGUAUUAUGAAAGCAAGUAUUAUGAGGAGAUUCUAUUAUGUCUUCUGCUUGCAAUAUAAAGAGGACAUUCAGAGCCCUUUAUUGUUUUACCUUUAUGUCUUCAGCUCUGAAAUGACCUCAUGAAUUGAGUUCCACUUUGAAUUGUUCCAGCAUAUUGUAUUAUGUCUUCUGCUUACUACAUUUUUAGUUCAAUAUAACCUCUUUAUAUUGCAAGCCUUAUCUUGUGUGUUCUGCUUAGUCCUGUCAGAGCACUCUGUUGAAUGCUACUUUGUGGGUCGUGACCCCAUGAAGUACGCUAAAGAGCAUCUUGGUGAUAAUCAAUACUUUCCUAUUUGGACCAUUCUCGAAUACUUCUGAAGUUAGCCAAAUGCUUCAAGAUGUUCCAUCGAGGAACUCAAUAUAUGAGCGUGUAGAUUCUUCACUCCACAAAAUUCGUGAUACGUCGGAGGCUGUACAAACUUUUGCUGCUGAGUAUCUAAAAACUCCGCUUGGCGAGCCAAUGAAGGGCAGGAAGAACAAAACCUCCACUGGGCUAUGGGUGGAGAAGUCUUACAAGAAAACCACUAACUUGCCUGAACCUUUCUCACAUGAAUUAGUUGCUAGAUUGGAGAACUUAAAUGUAAGUCCUUCCUACUUUUACAGUACAUAUAACUUAGACUUAUGCAGUGUCCCGAACUGAUAUUCCUUACAGUUCCAAAUCAGAUAUUUGGUCUUUGGGUAAGCAGUGUACAUUUGGAAAUUUUUUGGAAA